AUGUCUAGAACCCACUCAUAUUCAAAAAACGAGCAAAAUCGCUCUACCAACCAUCUCCUGGUGCCUAAUCCCAUACGAGUGCGGGAUUCACAGAGAGGCCAGCGUCACUAUCAACAAACAAACCAGCUGUAUAGCAACCCAUAUUUCCACAACAGUGAUGUUUACUCCACCGUGGAUUCAGGCUCUGACACUACGUUCGCAUACAUCGAGCAACAUCCAAUACCACUGCCAAGAUUCAAUCAACGCAUGGAACCCAUCGUCGCUACCAACAAUUCAUCAUUUGAAAAACACCCGCACACGCACACGCAAUCACAUAUUUCGUACAAUUCAGUAUCGUCUUUGGGCUCAUUAGAAUCACAACCACAACUCCAAAAUGAAAAAAGACUAUUUUCAUGGCUAUUUUCUAAAAAAGUUCCACCAAUUUCGACUGAAGAAGAAAGAAAAGAGUACCCAUGGCACAAGACAAAUUUAAUUAACCGUAUGGGGUUUUGGUGGUUAUGGCCCGUAUUGAAAAAGGGCUACAAACGUACUUUACACCCUGAUGACUUGUUUGCGCUAACUCCCAAAUUGAAAGUCGAGUACAUGUAUGAGCAAUGGGAGAAACAUAUGAAUAAAAUAGUUGGUGAUCUCGACGAUGCCAAAAAACCAUGGCCAAGAUACGCUAUUCCCUUGGCUUUAUUUCUCACUUUUAAAUGGCAGUACACAUUCUCGUGUAUUUGCUUAGCGUUGGCUUUCGUUUGUAUUGCAACGUCACCAUUGGUGACACGACAAUUGAUUGAUUUUGUCGAGUACAAGUAUUUUGGAGUGUACACCACUUAUAAUCGAGGAAUUGGACUUACAUUUGCUGCUGUCAUCCUUAUAUUUGUCAAUGGAUUGCUACUUAACCAUUUUUUCCACAAUUCUAUGAUUUGUGGUGCACAAGCUAAAGCUAUAUUAACUAAGGCAUUGUUAAAGAAGCUGUUCAACUUAAACGCAAAAUCGAGAUACUUGUUUCCUGCUGGCCGGGUGACGAGUUUGAUGAGUACUGAUUUAUCAAGAAUUGACUUGGCCAUUGGGUUUCAACCCUUGGUAUUGUGCUUCCCUAUUCCAAUGGUUAUAGCGAUUGUUAUAUUGAUCAUCAACAUUGGUGUAUCGUCCUUGGCUGGUAUUGGAUUGUUUAUCGUUUCCCUUGCAAUCUGUGUCUUGCUCAUUACGAAGUUGUACACCACUAGAGAAAAAGUUGUCAAGUAUACUGAUGAGCGUGUUUCAUUAAUGAGAGAGAUUUUGAACAAUCUCAAGGUCAUCAAGUUUUACGCAUGGGAAAUGGCUUAUAAAGCAUCAAUUUUGAAAAUCAGACACAAGGAGAUGAAGUACUUGUUCACCAUCAAAGUUUUGCGUAACUUCAUCACAGCUUAUGCUGUUACAAUGCCGGUGUUAACCUCCAUGCUUUCAUUUAUAACCUUGUGGGCUACAGACCACAUGCAAUCACCCGGUAAGGUCUUUAGCUCGUUGUCGUUGUAUGCUAUUUUGGCACAAGCCAUUAUGUUGUUGCCCAUUGCAUUGUCCACUGGCGCUGACGCAUUAAUCGGGUUCCAAAGAUGUAACGACUAUUUAUCAGCUGAAGAGUUUACCGAGGAAGUUAACAAUAGAUUGUUAUCCUACGAAGACAAGUUUUACAAUGGCGAAAUUAGCAAUGUUGCAAUUCAGGUCAAGCAUGCAGAUUUCACCUGGGAGAGCCACCAAGAUGAUUUAGACAUGGAGUUGUGGAAAGAGCACCCGAAGAAUAAGGAAAAAACUGAUGCAGACAGCGAUAUUGGUUCAAUGGACACAUAUGCAUCAAAUCACAAAUUCAAAGGAUUAACCAAUGUCAACUUGACCAUCAAGAAUGAAGAAUUUAUCAUCGUAACCGGUAUGAUUGGAUCAGGUAAAACAUCGUUAUUGAAUGCCCUCGCUGGUUUUAUGAAAAUCUCCAAUGGAUCGAUUAUCCGCAACAAAGAAGUGUUGCUUUGUUCAACAACAUGGAUCCAAAAUGCCACUGUCAGGGAAAAUAUCCUUUUUGGUAAACCCUUUGACGCACACAAAUACCAACAAGUCUUGUUUGCAUGUGCAUUAGAAGAUGAUAUGGCGAUUUUGCCAGCUGGUGACAGGACUGAAAUUGGUGAACGUGGAAUCACAUUAUCGGGUGGUCAAAAGGCAAGAAUUAACCUUGCGCGUGCUUGUUAUGCCGAUGCCGAUGUGCUCCUUUUUGAUGACGUUAUUUCGGCCGUUGAUGCCAAGGUGGCCAAGCACAUUGUCGUGCAUUUAUUUAGGGGCUUGUUGCGUGAUAGGACUAUAGUUUUAGCUACUCAUCAGUUGGGAGUUUUAGAAUUCGCCGACAAGGUGGUAUUCGUUGACGAUGGGUCCGUUUAUGCUGGUUCAGUCGAUGAGCUAAUUGCCAAAAGAGCAAGUUUCCGCACCUUGGUUGAGCAUGGAAGAGAGUCGAAUGGUGCUGAUGAUGACGAGGAUGAUCUUGCCAAUUCGGAUUACAAAGUCCAUACAAGCGGUAUGAAGAUUGUGAAUGAUGAAGACUAUGAUCUUACAGGUAGAACAACAACCGAGGAAGGACGUGCGACCAAUGCUAUUUCGUGGUCCAUUUAUAAAAAAUACAUUGAUUUAGGAUCGGGUGUAUUUGGCAAGUUUGCUGCUCCGUUGUUUGUCAUCCUUAUUGCAAUUGCCACAUUCUGUCAAGUGUUUACCAAUACUUGGCUCUCAUUUUGGGUGGAGAAGAAAUUCAAAGAUCGUAGUGACCAUUUUUACGUGGCAAUUUAUGUCAUGUUUGCAUUCUUGACUGUGAUAUUUACUGGUAUUGAGUUUAGUAUGUUGGCAUAUAUGCAAGACUGUUCAGCCAACAAACUCAAUUUGAAAGCUGUUGAAAAGAUUUUGCAUGCGCCAAUGUCAUUUAUGGAUACAACGCCCUUGGGAAGAAUUUUGAAUAGAUUCACUAAGGAUACUGACUCUUUGGAUAAUGAAAUUGGUGAACAAAUGAGAUUAUUUGUCUUUCCCCUGGCUUUGAUUAUUGGUAUCAUUGUCUUGUGCACUUGCUACUUGCCAUAUUUCGCCGUUGCCAUCCCAUUUUUGGGAUUUGCAUUUGUAUUCUUGGCUAAUUUCUAUCAGGGUUCAUCAAGAGAGAUCAAGAGAUUGGAAGCAACUCAAAGGUCAUUGGUUUACAACAAUUUCAAUGAAACAUUGACGGGUAUGGCAACGAUCAAGUCAUUCAAAGCCGAAGAUGACUUUAUUAGAAAGAAUGAUUACUUUAUCAACAGGAUGAAUGAAGCUUAUUACUUGUCGAUUGCUACACAACGUUGGCUAUGUGUUCACUUGGAUAUCAUCACGUCAGCAGUUGCUUUGAUCGUUUGCAUGCUUUGUAUCACUGGUCAAUUCAACAUUAGUGCUUCAUCAACUGGGUUGUUAUUGAACUACGUUUUGCAAUUGGUUGGAGUAUUGUCGUUGACCAUCAGAUCAAUGACUCAAGUGGAGAAUGAAAUGAACUCGGUUGAAAGGUUACAUGAAUAUGCUUACAGAUUACCUCAAGAGGCGGCAUACACAAAGGAGACCCAACCUCCAAAAGAUUGGCCACCUUCGGGCUAUGUUACCUUCAAAGACGUGACACUCCGAUACAGACCAAACCUUCCACCAGUGUUGCAACACUUGGAUGUGAAUUUCUACCCCGGUGAAAAAGUAGGUAUUUGUGGAAGAACUGGUGCUGGAAAAUCUUCAAUCAUGUCGGCAUUGUAUAGAUUAAUUGAGUUGGAGGAUGGGAAAAUUGAAAUUGAUGGGUUGGAUAUAUCAACAAUGGGAUUGUACGACUUGAGAUCGAAAUUGUCAAUUAUCCCACAAGACCCAGUACUUUUCCAAGGAACAAUAAGAAGAAACUUGGAUCCAUUCAAUGAGCAUGAGGAUUACAAAUUGUGGAAAGCAUUAUGCACCGCCGGCUUAAUCCCCCAAGAUCAAAUGACGCAAGUUGCAUCCAUGAAGUAUUCCCCCACUGAAGGAAUAGGUUACAAUUCACUCCACAAAUUCCACCUCGACCGAAUUGUUGAUGAUGAUGGGGCAAACUUUUCCCUUGGUGAAAAACAAUUGAUUGCUUUGGCCCGUGCCUUGGUGCGUGACACCAAGAUACUUAUCCUUGACGAAGCCACAAGUUCAGUUGAUUUCGCCACUGAUUCAAAGAUCCAAGAGACUAUAAGCUCUGAGUUUAGACAUUGUACCGUGUUGUGCAUUGCCCAUAGACUUAAAACAAUCUUGAACUAUGAUCGGGUGCUUGUGAUGGAUAAAGGUGCCAUUGUGGAGAAGGGUGAUCCUUGGAAGUUGUAUAACGAUAGAGGAGUAUUUAGGUCCAUGUGUGAUAAGGCCAACAUUAAUGAUGAUGACUUCUAG